AUGCCGCCCAAAGCACUGGUCGGUGGCGGCAGCAGCAGCAGCAGCAAUGGCGGUGUUAAGAAAAAUGGGGGCGUAGUGAAACCCUCACAGAUCGUGGCCGUCCUAGCGAAGCUGUUUCAAGGCGACGCAGCGGAGUGGGACAAGGACGAGGCCCUGGAUCUGAUCUACUGGCUGAGGCAGGUGUUUGGCGUCCUAGCAGGGUUUGUGUGGGGCUACCUGCAGACGCCCGGCCUCCUUGGGUUCGCGAGCUUCCUGUUCCUCAAUAUCGCCCUGGUGACGCUGCUCCACAAGAACGUCAUGGGCAUUGGCGACGACGACUGGGAGAACGCGAGCCAGGAGCUGAUGUCGGAGGGCCUGCCCCUGUCCAUGUCGUGCUUCAUGGUCGUCUGGGUGCUCACGCACACCACAUUCCACACCUAG